CGUCAAAGAGUGAAAAGGGGGAAAAACCCUGCAUUCAUUCUGAACAUUGACAACAAAAACCAGUGCAGUGCGCUCUUAAGUAAUUCCAUUGAAAUUAACUCUUCCUUCUGGGUCAUCUUCUUCAUCAUCAUCAUUGGACUGAACUUUCUCAAAAACUCUCAACUACCAUUCUCUUCUGCAAUUCUAGUCUCAUCCAUCCAUCCAUUUGAGCUCAAAUUAGCUAUCCAUACCCACACCCACAUGUUCACAUUCAUUUUAGACAGAAUCUAAGCUCACCAAAAUGGAUACAUUCAUCUUCUUCUUCUUCUUGUUCUUGUCUUUGCAACCGUCUCUUUCAUUCACUAUUUCUCACCGUAGGUUUCUUCAUCAACCCUUCUUCCCCUUUGAUUCACAUCCUCCAACUUCUCAACCACCAUCAUCUCAGCCGCCUGUACCUCAGCCUUCACCCCAUCAUCAACAACCCAAAUACCCUUUUUCAUCUUUAUCACCUCCCAACUCUGAAUCAAGCACCACCACCAACAACAACCCAUUCUUCCCCUUCUAUUACUCCCCUCCGCAACCGCCUCCUCCACCACCAUCAUCAACUCUAGCCACAUUUCCAGCUAAUAUUUCAUCUAUCAUACUUCCCGAAUCCUCCCCUUCCAAGCGCAUUUCAAGGAAACUAGUUGCAAUCGGCGUUUCCGUCUCUGUUUUCUCUGCCGCACUCAUCUCAAUAGCUGCCGCCUUGCUUCUCUACAACCGUAACCACCAUCGUAAAACUGGAGGAGGAAACAAAAGAUCGAGAUCCGAUAGCCAGCGACUGUUCCCUCCAAAUACUACUAUUUCUGAUGGCACUAGAAAGCCACCGGCACCGCCUAAUCGUAACGUGAUGAAUACUAGUUCAGAGUUUCUUUACCUUGGAACGCUCAGAGGUUUAGAUGAGGAUGUACAGAAUCAGAAAGCUUCUGAUUCAUCAAAUGCUGCUGUACCGUUACCCUCUUCUGGUUAUCAUAAGUUGGAUUCACCGGAGCUCCGGCCACUCCCGCCGCUGCCUCGUAACACUCACCCGCACAACUCUGACAGUGGUUUGGGAAGCGAUGCACAUGAAGAUGAGUUCUUCUCUCCGAGAGGCUCAUCUACCGGCGGAAAAGAAAGUCCGAUCAUUGAGUCAAGCAGUAGGAGACGCUCCGUUGGAUUUGAGAUUGACCCUUUUGUUAUCGGAAGUUCCAUCUCCAGGAAUCGGUCAUACCCAUCUUCUAAUUCCAUUUCUCCAACUGAAUCAAUGUUGAGUAGUCCUUCCGUACCUAUAGACUUAAGUCCAAGGAGCUUGAGAUCGAAGUCCCCUGAUUCCAUCGUCAAUUUCCCAGUUCCAUUCCGGCGACCACAGUUCAUUCCGUCAACAACAGAAACUCAGUCGCUAACUCCAACUUGUCUUCUAUCUCCUUCCCCGCCUUGUUCAUCGCCGGAAAGAACAUCGUUGAUAAAUCAUAACAUCCCGCGGCUUAAGUUGCCUCCACCACCACCGCCUCUGCCUCCACCACAAUUUUGGGAUAUUCCGGCAGUCUCACCAGUUACUGUACAACCUGCGAUUAUACCCCUUUCAAUGCCGGAUGUGUUCCAGAAUGAAGAUCCAGCUGACCCUUUACAGGAUGUACAAAGGGUGGAUUCCAUGGAUAGGAACGAAGAAAUGCCAAAGCCAAAGCUGAAGCCUUUACAUUGGGAUAAAGUCAGAGCGAGCUCCGAUCGUGCUAUGGUGUGGGAUCAGCUUAAAUCCAGCUCCUUCCAGCUAAAUGAGGAAAUGAUAGAGACUUUGUUUAUGGUAAACGGGUCGAAUUUUCCUUCAAAAGACGGCAUUAAGAGGCAAAUCCUUCUCCCUCAAGCCAAUCAGGAAAACCGAGUUCUUGAUCCGAAGAAAUCCCAGAAUAUCUCCAUUUUGCUAAGAGCACUUAAUGUAACAAUUGAUGAAGUUUGUGAAGCACUUUUAGAAGGCAGCAAUGAUACUAUGGGGGCAGAGCUACUCGAAAGCUUGUUGAAGAUGGCUCCAACCAAAGAGGAAGAACAUAAGCUGAAAGAGUUCCCCGACGAAUCACCCUUCAAGCUUGGGCCAGCCGAGAAAUUUCUAAGAGCUGUUCUCGAUAUUCCAUUUGCAUUCAAAAGGGUUGAUGCAAUGCUCUACAUAGCCAAUUUCGACUCUGAGGUCGACUAUCUCAAGCGAUCUUUUGAGACAUUGCAGGCUGCUUGUGAGGAACUAAGGAAGAGUAGAAUGUUCCUGAAGCUUCUAGAAGCUGUGCUGAAAACGGGCAACCGUAUGAAUGUCGGGACAAACCGAGGCGAUGCUAGUGCAUUCAAGCUCGACACUCUGCUCAAGCUUGUGGAUGUUAAGGGUACAGACGGAAAAACCACCCUCUUGCAUUUCGUGGUGCAGGAAAUAUGCAGGGCGGAAGGUUGCCGUCUGUCUGAGCUGAAUCUGAAUGCCAAUCCUAAGGGGCAAACAUAUUUACAGGACGACAUAGAAUUCAAGAAGAUGGGCUUGCAGGUCGUCUCUGGGCUUAGUGGGGAGCUGACGAAUGUGAAGAAAGCAGCAGCCAUGGACUCGGAUGUUCUGUCCGGGGAAGCUGCAAAGCUAGCUAAAGGAAUUGAAAAGAUUAGGGAAGUGGCGAAACUAAACGACCCUAGAGGGGAAAGAAGCAGGAAGUUCUCGGAAUCAAUGGACCAGUUUUUAGAGAAGGCAGAGGAAGAGAUUGCAAAGAUUGAGGUCCAUGAAAAUGCAGCUGCUAUUUCUGUUAAGGAAAUAACAGAGUACUUUCAUGGGAACUCGGCUAAGGAAGAGGCUCAUCGAUUCAGAAUGUUUACGGUUGUGAGGGAUUUCCUUUCGAUUCUGGAACGAGUAUGCAAGGAAGUAGGGAAGAUAAACGAAAGGAGCAUGGUAAGUCGACAGUUUCCGAGCCCUCCUUCUACGAUGUUUCUUCAAUUCGACGAAAGACACGACAAUGAAGAAGAAUGAGAUGUGCUCAUUUGUGGUUCUUGCCAGGCAGAGUGUUUUGAGGUGGUUGGCUGGCUGCUACAAUAUUACAAAUUGUGUACAUUUUGGGAUUGUAAUUCACUUACAUUUUGCUGUCCAAAGAGAUUUUAUGUAGCAAUAAUAUAUAAUAAUAUGGAUUAGCACAUAAACUAUCAUGUUAAUUAAAGUGGGAAUUAUGCUUUAAUAGGUCA